CAUAAUAAAGUUCUAACAACUGCAUAAAUUUUAGGUUAUACUUAUGCAUUACAUAAACUAAGUAUCUAUAACAUUUAUUUUCAACAUUAAUUAACUAUGGCUUCUCAAGCAGUUAAAACAGGUUUCAAAAAUGUAAAACCAAUUCUAUCGGUCGAUAAAGAUGAAGCUAAAAAGAGAGUUUUGAAUUUAUACAGAGCUUGGUAUAGACAACUUCCAUAUAUAGUAAAAAAAUACGACAUUCCAAAAACUGAAGAGCAUUGUCGUAUAAAGCUACGAUCAGAAUUCAUGAAACACAAAGAUGUUAAAGAUAUACGGAUAGUGGAUAUGUUGGUUAUAAAGGGACAAAUGGAACUGAAAGAAACUGUGAAUAUUUGGAAGCAAAAAGGCCACAUUAUGGCAUAUUUUCAAGAUACCAUUGAACCAAAGCCAAAAGAUUUCUUGUCAAAGUUUUUAUCUUGAAAACUUAUUGUGAAUUCACUAGAAAAAAGGUUUGAAGUAGAAUAAAUAAUAUUCAGAGAAUUUGA